CUCCCUCUCUUUUCUCAAAAAUUUCUGCUUCUUUUGCAUGAAAUCUCUGGAAUUUAAUUUGGUCACACCUGCCAUAAUCCUUGCCCUGGCGUUUCCUUGGAAUUUGUCUCCAGCUCAAAAUCUACUUCAGCAAGGUAGGGCAGAAAGCACCACUUGGUGCCACUGCUAGUUGCCAAUGCUCCAGCUGACAGCCAACCCAGCAAAGGCCCUUGCAGAUGAGCCGGUGCACAUCCGAGUAACAGGUCUGCCCUCAUCCCAGGUGGUGACCAUCAAGGCUUCGCUGAAAGAUGAGAAGGGGAAUCUGUUCCAGUCCAAAGCCUUCUACAGGGCUAAUGAGGCUGGAGAGGUAGACCUGGAGGAGGCUCCUGCAUUUGGAGGAGACUACGUGGGGGUCCAUCCAAUGGGUCUCUUCUGGUCUUUGAAGCCUGAGAGGGCUCUCCGGAGGCUGCUCAAACAGGAUGUGAUGAACAGCCCCUUUUGGGUCACUCUGGAGCUAUAUGACUCAGUUUGCUUCCAGGAUUCCACCACGGUUUUGCCCAGGGCCAGCCAGAUGGUGCAGCGCUGGUUCUCGGGUCCGGGGGUGCAAUGGCAGCAGAUCCAAGAAGGUCGAGUGCGGGGAACAUUUUUCCUUCCUUCAGGAGAAGGCCCUUUCCCAGGAGUCGUUGAUCUGUUUGGAGGCAUUGGGGGUCUGGUGGAAUUUCGGGCCAGUCUUCUGGCUGCCCAUGGCUUUGCAGUGCUGGCGUUAGCAUAUUUUGCCUAUGAAGACCUGCCUGACAAAUUGCUGGAGGUGGACUUGGAAUAUUUUGAGGAAGCUGCCAAUUUUCUACUAGCUCAUCCCAAGGUCCAAAGGCCAGGCAUUGGUGUGCUCUCCGUGUGCAAAGGGGCAGAGAUUGGGCUAGCCAUGGCCUGCUACCUGAAGCAGGUGGUAGCCACUGUCUGCAUUAAUGGGCCCAAUGCCAUCACUGAAGUUCCACUCAGGUACAAGGACCUGGUUGUGGCACCCACCGGCUUGUUUCCGGAGCGCAUACAGUUGCACAUCUCUGGGGCUCUGCGCCUCCGCCACUGCAGAGGAGAUCCCCGGGAGCUGAAUCGGCAGAGUGUGCUUCCCGUUGAAAAGGCCCGGGGUUGGAUACUCUUCAUCGUCGGAGAGAAAGACGAAUUCCUGGACGGCAGAGCGCGCGCGGAGCAAGCCCUGGCUCAGCUGGCGAGCCACGGUAGAAUCAACGGAAGGAUGCUGGCAUACCCUGGGGCAGGCCACCUCAUAGAGCCACCCUAUGCUCCUCUGUGCUACAUGUCCUGGAACCCAGGCGUUUCCCUGCCCCUGCUCUGGGGAGGGGACCGUGUUGCUCACGCUGCAGCCCAGGAGCACGCCUGGGGGGAAAUCCAGAAAUUCUUCAGGCAGCAUCUCACCCCGGCUGGAAGUAAACUCUGA